AUGGCUCCCGCAGUAAUGGACGGGGACGACCCAGUCAUCGCCGAGUACGAUGUCUUCAUCACUCCCGAGAUGGAGCAACAGCUCUACGUCCUACAGUAUCUGAAUCGCCGCCCGAAUCAACCCUUCGUCAAGAGCGAGGGCGCCGUGCCCUCCGAAGUGCGUGUCAAAGAGCAAUCCGGUUUCAUAGAAGUCGACGUUGCGCUGCCAAUGAAGACCAACUUCAAUAGGCAAGCCGGUGUGCGGUGGGGAGAGGCCAUGCGCAAGACGAAGCAAUUCGGGCAGAAAGCAUACGGCAUUGCGUCGGGCUUCGAGCGCGCGAUGCCCCGCGCUUCCCGCCCCGGUGCUCCUCCUGGCGAAGUAACCGCGCAACCGGCACUCGAUGAUAACGGCAACGAGGACGAAUACAUUGCCAAUUUCGAGGAUGCAAACGAGAAGGGACAUGUGCUCAAUACUCAAACGUAUGGAGGACAAUUGGUGAAAGAGGACGGCAAGGGCCCAACCUACAUGUUGGGUACAUUUAAGAAGAACCAGCUCCACCUCACACGUCUGAAUGGCCUUGUACAAUUGCGAACACAGUUUCAUCACCUCGAUGCUAUAAAUCAACUCGAAGCCGCCCAACGCCGACGUGAGAAGGAGUCGCAAGACGGUGCAAAGCCUACCGAACCCAAGGCUUUCAUGCCUACCGUGAAGAAAGCAGGUGGAGAUACAGCGGCAGAGAUCACCCAAGCAUUUAUGAAAGCUACCAAUUCCGAAAAGUGGGAUAAGCUGAUGUAUCAUUACGAAGACGCCGAUGCUUCCUACGCCGCUUUCGAAGAGCGACUAUUCCUAGCAGAUACAAAGGACGCUCCGAAGCUGCACUCCAGCAUGUCUGACGACCAGUAUCUGGACGCAAUUAGCGCCCCCUCCAGUGGCAAGGGUUUGAAGAAGAAGUCGUCCCACAAGCGACCUGAAACGGUCGAUAUCUCUGAUUCUGACGACGAUGUCGAGAAGACGCCUGCCAAAGCGGAAGAUGCAGAGCACGCCGCCCCUUGA